GUAAAUAAAUCAUUGUUUUCAUUUGUUUUAAACGAACUGAUAAUCAAUUUGAUAUAACUCAGAGAUAUUACUGUGAUAAUUAGGCGUUUGAAAAAAUGGAAGAAGUUCCGGCUAGCCCGGAAGGAGUGAAACCCAGAAAAUCCCGUCGCCUAACCGGCGAAGUUCAACGAAAGACGAGACUGUCUUUGAACCGCGAAAAAGCCCGCGGUAAUCAACAGAAUUGUGUUGAGCCAAAUAGUGCCUUAUUAAAUACUCCGUCCGUUCCGGAAGCUAAAGAGCGAGUUUCAUGUUCCGAGCAAUCCCGGGAUGCCAAUUUGUUUUACCUUGAUGAUAAUACAGAGCCAGUUGUGUUUGCUGAUGAAGAUCCACUUGUGUUUGCUGCGAUUUUGGAAAAGGCCAAUCAAAUUGAAUUAGAAAAUUCAAUCAAGCCUUCUAGGGAGUUUCUUGCUAACGUCAAAAAUAAAUUCGUUAAAAUUGAUGAUGUGAUAGAACCUGCCGACAAUUCUGUGGAACGUAAUCAUCAAAAAACAAAUGAAGCUACUUUAAAAAAGGCAAAUUAUAGUUAUACUCAAUUUGACUUGGAUACGCAAAUGAUUGGCAUUUGUGAAGCAGCGGAUAUCCUGGCCGAUUUGAAAGUUGCUCAAGAGCACGACUUGAAAGAUUGGAGUAGUCCUAUGAAAUUAGAAAAUAGUCCUAGUGCUGUAAAUACUUCGGUUAAAUUGGAACACCCAUCCGACGGUGAACCGGAGCAAUCUGAGUUAAUUUGUCAUUCACCAAUGUUGACCCGGCGCAAAGAUCGUUGGAGUAAUGUGAGACAAUCGUCACUUUAUAAGAAUAAACCAGAUGAUAUUUUACAAUGCGGAACACUUGAAAUCGCACCUGAUGCAAAAGUGACGAGAAACUUUGAUUUCAGCGACGAAUCUGAUGAUGACUUAAGAAUAGACUUCUCGAAAAUUAGGUCUACGAAACUUCGUCAACGCCUUUCAAAGAUUCAAAGCUACAUCGAUAGCCCUCCUCAAGUCGUUAAUAAAACAAGUACUCGAAGGACUUUUUCCGGAAAGAAAUUUUUGAACACCCUGUCGGAAACCCCACACGUAAUCCGCAGGUUAAGCUAUGAGCAAGACGAAAUUUUAGUUCCGAAAGUGGAUCAGGAUCCUAGCUCUGAUGAUGAAAUGGAAAGUCUUGAUGGUCUACAACCCGAUCUUGCAGCUGUAAUCGCGUCACAAAACAGUGUCAGUCCGCAGAGAGAAGAUUUCGAUUCCAGUUUGCUCAUUAAAGCCAACAUCGAAGAACUCUCACAAUUUUUUAAAAAGUCUACCGAAUCUCACGACAAAAAGGAACUUGAUUCCGAAUCCUUAGAACAAGAACCGCCCUUCUAUGGAUUUUGUCCGGAACCUUUUUCACCAAUUUCGCUGGCUUCAAGUGGUUCUCCUCGUACCUUGAACAUUGCUUGGUUGUUUCAUAAUGAAUCAGAGCCUAGUUCUGUUGAUGAAGAUAUGAAUACCGAAGUACAGAAACAGGAAAAUCUAUUAGACCAACUUUUAGACGACGACGAUGAUUUUCUUGUCCAGCUGCAGUCCUCUCCAAAUAAGAAUUGUGAAGUUGAGCCUGAGAGAGACAUCUGUUGUAUCGAGAAAAUGAUGCGAGAAAAACAUUCAUUAACUUCAACUGCAGACACUUCUUCAAAUGAACCGAAUCGGGGUUUGAAUAUUGGCUACAAAUACGACCAAUUUGUUAAUCCCACAACUUUUGGAGGCUUCCAAACUGCCGGUGGCAGUGGCAUCAAGGUGUCAGAAAAGGCAAUGGCGAAAGCUCAGACCAUUUGGAGCGAAGAAGUGGGAAUGUUUACUGAGGAUAAAGUUUGGAUGAAAGCUGUUGAACAGGAAACAUGCGCAUUAGUGGACCCGUUUGUGCCAUCUUCUAGUGGAUCCAAUACAGCGGCAGGAAGCACCAUAUCUGAAUCGAAAAGGGUGCUUGCGAAAGACAGUGAAAAUUUAGUGGAAACGCAUGGUGAUCGGUUCACUGGUGUCGGAUUUCGAACGGCUCGAGGAAAUUCGGUGCAGGUAACGGAGGAUGCACUUGCGAAAGCGCAUUACAGAUUUCAACAAUUGGAUAAGGAAGAAGAAACUUACGAAUGUUCUACGAUUACGAAGACAAACGAAGAGAAGGAAAAAAUCAGAUCUGCAAAACAAACCAAUGUUGGCUUCCAAACAGCUCGAGGAACGUCUAUUGCAAUAACCGAAAGUGCCCUCAAUAAAGCUCAUAUGAUGUUUCGACAAAUGGAACAAGAUUUCAGCGGUGAACAUGAAAUGUUAGAAGCUAAAACUAACAAACCGUAUGACACGAUGUUGAGUGGAUUUCAGACAGCUAACGGUAAAUCGGUGAAAGUUUCAGAAUCUGCUUUAGCGAAAGCUCGCACAAUAUUUCAACAGAUUGAAGAAGAGUCAGUUAAUGUGACGUCGGGUAAAACGAACCUUACAGCAGAUUGCAGUACAAACAUUGAGGAUCAAAGAUCAAAACGGCUUCGAGAGAAUGAAAGUCUUGAUGCGUCAGGAACACCUCUUAAGCGGCGAAAGCCUAAUGGAAGAUUAGAAUUGGAAAUGGCCAAUCGAACCAGUACACCUAAUCUAUCCUCAAAAGGUGUGCCAAAUUUCCAUCCAGUCGAGGAUGAAAUGGAACAUUUCUUUAAAGAGAUGAACGAUCAAGAAUUUCAUAAUUUGUUCGCCUCUGAAGAACCCAUUCCGCGCAGUUCGCGUCCGUUGAAGCAGGUUCGAUUAGUGAAUCGAUUCGAGGAGUGCGACGUACAAAGUCCACCGACGGCUAAUCAGUCAAGUGGAAAUCCUUGGGAUGAUAGUUUUGGGGAAGUUUAUGCAAAACUUGGCAUUGAAUUAAUCGAUGGAUUGAAAGUUGCCCGACAAAUUCUGGAUGCUAGAAAACUGGCCAGACAACGACAGCUCGAGUACGCACAGAAUAAAUCGGACUCAGGACGUAAGCCUAGAUUGUAUGAGUUUAUAAGGAAGAAGAAACUGCGUGACAGAAACACAGUUGAGCAGUUUGUUGGCAAUUUGAAACCUUCACAGUACGACGGUGACCUUCCCGAACGGAUUGGUCUGUUGGAUGCAGAUAAUGUCUCUGGGUUCAAAUUCGACACGAUAAGUUUAUAUGGAAAAAGUAAAUGCAUCGAAAAUGUCGACGGAAUUCCCUUAGACCUAGGAGAUCCAGAUGCAACUGUUCAGUUGCUUCUUGACGAUCACUGUUUGGUGGGACUAUCGGAGUUAAGUUCUGCUUUUUUGGCCACGCCUGGAGUCGAUCCAAAUCUGAUACCUCGUGGAUGGAUCGAAAAUGCCUGGAAAUGGAUUCUAAUCAAACUUUCUUCUAUGGAGCGUAACUUUCAUGGGACUUUUCGGGGCAUCACAACACCAGAGAAUGUAUUCUGUCAAAUGUUAUAUCGAUACCAUGUGGAGAUCGAUUGUGCCAAACGACCUGUUAUACGAAAGAUAUUGGAAAAGGACGAAAUACCGAACAAACGAAUGGUUCUAUUCGUUUCUCGAGUGUUUCGGGAUCUCGAUUCGCUAGAUUUAGAGCUAGAACUGUGUGAUGGGUGGUACGCUAUAAGAACGGUCAUAGAUUCACCUUUAACGCAAGCAAUUUUAAAUGGUAAAAUCAAAGUAGGAACUAAGCUAAUGAUACAAGGUGCUGAAAUAAUAAAUUUGAACGAAGGAGUUUUUCCCUUGGAAGCUCCAAUUGAUGUGCGAUUAAAAAUCCACGCUAACUCCACACGAAGAGCUCGAUGGUCCACAAAGUUGGGAUUAUAUAAAGUGCCGAGUAAUUUUCUCAUAUCCGGAAAUAGUAUUCUUGAUCAGGGAGGACUAAUAGUUUGCUUACAGUUGGUAGUUGUUCGUAUGUACCCCCUGAUGUAUAUGGAUAAAUCGAAGGGCAGCACGGUUCUACGAUCGGAACGGUUUGAACUUCGUCGUGCUCAGGUGAGCGAUGCCAACCGUAUUGAGAACUUUCAAACUCUUUUUAGUCAGGUACAAAAAGAAUUUGAUGCCGAACGAAAGCAAGCAAGUGGGAAUGGUUUGAAGAAGUUACCCCCCAAGUCAUUGUGUUCCGCUGAACUUCCUGAACUGUUAGAUGCUGGCGUUGAUUUCUCAUGUCUGGAGGUUAAUUUCACCGAAACGCAGCGCGACAUUAUCGUUGCACAUCAGCGUCGACGACAAGAGGAAGACAUGAACGAAAUCAAUCGUCGAGUUAGAGAGCGCAUGAGUAGUCAAACUACGACUCGUAAAUCUAGUCCAUUUCUCGUAGUACGUGUCAUGGAUGCACGUAAGCCAGAGAAAGUCCUUUUGUUCUCCAUUAGGCGUCCACCGGAGGAUAUAUUGGAAAUCAUGCAGGAAGGUAACGCACUGGAAGUGACAAAUGCAACUGCAAAUGGUUUCCGAAAUGGUGAAAUUCAGUUAAAUGAUAGCAAAAACUGUUCAUAUCGGGUGUUGAACAGGCAGUUAUACCAUUUACCCGUUAGCCAUUGCCGGACGUUAACGAAAAUAGCACAAAUUGAUGUCUCCAGUUUUCGGCCACCAUUCAACGAGUUUGAUACGAUCGGGAUCGUAGUGCAGAUUGGAGCUGCGGAAGCCAACAAAUUUCAACCAGUUUAUCUUGCGGAUACAGCCAUGAACUUAUUAUGCGUAAAUUUUUGGUCUGGAAUAAAAGAGUACGCAUACGAAGAUGUGAUCAAAGAACGAAUAGUUCUUUGCAUUUCUAACCUACAGUGGCGACCGAAGAACGCUAUGAAUGAGUUACCGGUUUCCUAUGCUACCGAACGUACCACGUUCAGCGAGCAUUCAAAAAAUCGGCUUUUCGCAGACGAGCUUACCAAAUUUCAUACGGCUCUUGAAACUAUGGAACUGGAAAUGUUUUAUGAUGAAUGCUGUGCAAAGGUAGCACAUUUCGCGGAUAGGAAAUUUCCACGAGGGUCUAGUCUUAAUACUCCGUAUCGUGGCGCUGACAUCGCAAACACUUCCAAUGCUUCCACUCCCAUGCGUUCCUUGCAUAAUAGUUUAAAUUUUAUAGCGAAAACCCCCGCAGAUUUUUCUCCCGAUGUCGGUCAACCGAUCAGUGCCCAGAAACGCAAAAUACAGUUACUUGCAGCAACCUACAAAAGUCCACCCAAGUUGACUCCAAUUGUGAUGCGCAGCAGCACACGUGCCCGACGGAAUUUUAAAAUUCCAGCUAAGCUAGAGGAUCGGAUUGCCCAAUCUCGAGGGGAUGAUAUGAUUAGUUAGUUGAUCGUGGUUUUCUUGUUAUUUAAAUCGAUAAGUUGUUUUGAAAUGGAAAUUAAAUAACAUUGUGAUA